ACUUUUGCUGCUAAACCGUGGAAAUUAGGUACAAGUGAACCUUUAAAAUUGCCGAAUCGUUAAAAUACAGUGAAGUUUCGGUGGAAAACGCUUGUUUUGUCGCAUUUCAUUUGUCAACGAUUUCAAACGUUUCAAAAUGGCUUCAUCGUUGGACCGAAUUUUCGCCAAAUCUGCGUACUUCAAGGACGACGACGAUGAGGACACCUGCUCGGGCAGCGAGACGGAAACGGUGCCGGAGGAUGCCAGCGUCGAAUCGGACGAGGAGUAUGAACCCGCCGUGAAGCGGCGCCGCAGCGGUGGCGUAGCGCCAGCAGUUCCGGAACAGAAGGUCGAGCGCAAUCCGACGCGGCGGCCAAACCCGAAGGUCGUCAAUAGGAACGCGGUCAUGGCGCGGGAGAAUCGACUGCGGAAGAAGCAGCACGUGGAGAAUCUGGAGCGGGAGAUUGCGCGGUUGAAGGAGCGGCGGGAACGGGACCAGAAGGCGCUGCGGAAGGCCGGAAAGCAGGUCCGGGCGUUGACGCGGGAGCGGGACCAUUUGAAGGCGGUCGUGGCGAACAAGAGUGGGAUUAUGGCCGUGCUGAGGGCGGUCCGGGACGGUGCGGGGCUGCCGAUGACGUCGUCACUGAGCAAGUACGGAACGACGGCGAAGGCGGGAAGCAGCUGCGACGAGGGAUUCGGAGCGUCGCCGAAUCCGGCCAGCGAACACAACAACGAUCUAGGUUUGUCCGUCGAGGACGGCCUGUUUGGUGGCGCGGCAGAUCUGCUGCCGGCGGACGAGCUGCUGUCCGCGAUGGAUGGCGCGUGCGACGCCGACCAGCAAGUAAUUACCACAGAACAUAACUAUUUUGAGCACAGUAAUCACACCUCGUUGGACUCAGGUUCGGAACAGGCCGGCGUUUGCGUCCACAUCGUGCCGGGCGGCCGCGUCUCGGUCGAGUUUUGCCACUCCUGUGCGGUGAGCUCGCGGCUCGCGUGGCUCGAGGAGGAGCAGGAGCGAUGAACGCCGCAAAGGGUCAGGUCAAGUAGAAUGUCUGUAUCGAGUUUAUGCUAUUUCUUAAACACACACACACACACACUUUUUGAGGGACAAACUUUGUAAAGAAGGGUUAUUUAUGCACCGUUAGGAGGGGUUCCCAACCAGUUUGCUAAGGCUCUUUUCCGUUAUUCCUUAUUACAUUAAUAAGAUUUCCAUUUUCCCCCAUCAAAUACAAACUAGACAAUAGAAAGAGAGUUGAAUUUCAAACAAGUUGGAGCGAAUGACGCAUAUAGAAUAAAAUCGCAAACAAAAACCAUGUUUUGGCAUAAAAAAAAACACGUUACUAGUUAAUUGUGUGUUGCAUUUUCAGCGGAUCCUCGCUCAACAGUCACGGAAUCGCAGUUUGAGGUGAAUGGCGCGGAGAUCUGCCACCAACAGCAUUGGAGACCAAGGUGGGGCGAUCAAGCUUCUACGUGCCGUUGAGCUAUUUAAUCCUUUCUCCAUUAACAAUUACAGCAGAUCGGCUCAAACCCCGAACGGAAACACUCAGGAGCAACAAUAAGCGCUCUCAGCGUAGUCUGCGUCGUCGUCGUUCCGGUCUCUAAAGAAUGUAUCGUUCCAAUUCCGUCUCCGCAAGCGGCAGCACCGACAAUGCAGUUCGAUCCGACGGAGUGACCUUAAAAUGAGAGGACACCUUCCUAUAAGUCGUCCCCAUUUUGGUCCGGGGAUCGUCGGAUCGGGCUGAAUCCCGUCGUGUGCUACUGCCCUGUCCUCUCGCGUUGCCCUCCCCCCCUCAAGAAGGUCACCUCUGCUUUCACGCUGCUUUCUCUGUUUCUCUGGACCGGAUCCGUGUUUUCUUUCAGAAUGAGACCGGUUGGACUUCGCUGUGGAAAGCCCGUUUUGAGACUGCAACAACUUGCUGAUGCAAAGAAAAACAAUCCCCGGUAGGUACUCUAUUGCCCAUUACCUCCAACUUGUCGAGCAAAUGUUGAGUAAUUUUCUUAUGUUGACUUUUUCCCACAAACAAACAAACAAAAUAAACCAUCCACAACCAAACCACCUGUGUACAACGUACAACACACACACAAAACAGCGGUAGGAAAAGAUAGAGCGGUAAAUUUCAUUGAAGAAAAGUGUUUUGUGUGCGAAAGUUUUGAAAAGUUGCCGUAAAGAAAGGUCGGUCAGUGUUUUUGUUAUUUUAAUAUAUAUAAGUGAUUUAUUCGGAUUAGGAUCUAAUAGAAGGUAAGCGCUACUGAACAUAAACAAACCACACUACUUUAUUGUUUCUAAAGAGACGCAUAACAUAACUUAAACGAAACAAAAUAAAGUUUCAUAUUAGUUUUUAGCAAUCCA